CUGCAAGAAAAUAAAAGUUAAAUAAUGUAAAGUUAAUAAUAUAUAUAAUAAUCCAAGGUUUUCAAGUACAAUAACAAAGAGUUGCCGGAUUCUGAAAGCAGUGCCCGUUAUGAAUAUUGACAACAGCUGUCAGCUGCCAUCAAGAGUCGAUUGACACAAUAAACGUAAAUUUAUAAAGGAAAAAAAAAAGCGAAAAAAGAAAUGCUCUUUCCAACCGAUUGCGCCUAAAGUGCAGAGAUGCCUGAAAGGAAAAACUCAGCUCGACGCCAAUGACAUGUGAUUGCGCACGCACCUGACGAAUUUAGCUACGUGCAGCGUGAGAUAGGAUUGCUUGAAUUUCAAAUUCACAGCAGCGACAGGCUGCCAGGUGUGCUGGGCGUGCUUGUGCAUUAAAUUCGCGCAUCGCCCGAACCCAAUUGCACGGAGCCCCGGCCAGAGGCAGUCGCACAGCAAACACACAUGACCGUGCUACGGGCGGCACCAAGAACGUGACACAUGGCGAUGUACUUUUAUGCCAAUAAGAUAUCGGCCAUUGUCUGCGGCGCGCGUUGCAAGCAAGCCGUGCUGCAAAAGUCGCGUGGAUCGCGGGAUCGUGACAAGGACAAAUGCCGGCGACAUCGGCAUCGCCAUCGCAGCAGACGACGCACCAGCCGCUGCCCAGAGAGCAGCUCCGACAGCGAGACGAGCGCCGAUGAUGGCUGCUGUGGCCACGACAACGUCCUGGACGAUGCCACAGCGCAGCCAGAUGUGGGCAUUUUUCUGCUCAAUGCCAGCAGCGCGAACCCAGAGGCCGCACAGCUCGGCCUCGAGCUGGGCUUCAACAACGAGGGCAUGCGUCUGCGGCGUCGCCACAGCGCCGAGCAGCUGAACGCACACGAUUUGGAGCUGGGACUGCAGCAGUUCAAGCUCGCAGCAAAGGAUGACCCCGUUCAGUAUGACGUGCCCAAAAAUACGCACAAGCGCAGCCAAUGUGAUAUCAACUUUGAGAGCUCUGUUUUGGGUUCCGGCGGCAUCAUGUAUAUAAAUGGUAAAAUCGUUUCCGGCCCACUUGACUCAUUCCCCGAGGUGCUCAAUCCUAAAAAUGUCAUGGACUUAGAUAAGGUAAGAAUUGGGCAGCUAGCCUCAUUAACACAGCAAAUCGCUUAUGCACAGAAAAAAUGGGACCAACCUAUCUCGUCGGGCGGACCACCGGGUGUCCAGGACCCGAAGAAGACCUGUAAUCUGGAAACGUAUCUGGACUGGUCGGCACGUCUGCGCCUGUUUGUCUGCAACGAGAUACUGCAGUGCACCGGAAUUGAGGACCGCAGCCGAACGGUUGAGCUCUGGAGCGGCGUUGCCCAGUACUGCCUGCUCGUGGGCAAUUACAACAGCGCCACGGCCAUCCUGGAGUCACUCGAAUCACCUGCCAUAGCGAGACUCAAAAUAACGUGGAGCAAAUUGCAAGUGACAUGUCAACAAUUGGAUUGCAUGCAACGGCAUGCCGAAGGACACGGGCAUUUAUGGCAGAAGCAGGCAAUCGUUCUAAAUGAGCAGCAGCAAAGUCUAAAGACUGAUAAGCAGCCUAGGGCCGCAUCAUCGACAUCAUCAUCAUCGAUAACGAAAAACUCAUCAACAGCAUCAUCGGCAGCCGUGGAAGUAGCAGCAGCAGCACCGCCACCAACAACAGCAACAACAACAACAAAAAUAAACCCCUCCAUCUCCUCGCCAUCCGGUGCUGUGGAAGAUUUGGUUGAGCAGCCAUCGACAAGUGCCAGUGGGCAGCCAGUUGGCAUAACUGGCAUUUCCGGUUUCAAUGCAAUGCCAGCGUCAUUGGAGAAGGCAUCGCUAGAGGUGCCCACGGCUGGCAGCAGCAGCAGCAGCAGCAGCAACGUGGAGACAGCCACACCAACAGCAACACCAAUAACUACAACAACAACAACAACAGCAGCAGCCCCAACUAUUUGUGGCAAGCCCAAUGAUUGGGUUGUUAUUCCAGUGUUUGCGGAUAUUGUUAAAUUGGCGCUGGCCGAACGGGAAAACUGUUUGCAAUGCUUACCGAAUGGCCACAUCAAUGUGAUUGCCUUCGAUCGAAUGGCGGCCAUUGUCGGCGCCUUUACCAAGCACAUGCAGGCAAUGAAAUCGACACAGGCGCCAUCUAGCGGCGAGUACGAGCACUUCUGCACCCAUAUGCAGCGAACUACGAAACUUAGCGAAGCGGAGCUCAUGAUGGCUUCAUUCGAUUGCGAGGAACCAAACAAUGCUGAGAAGCUAAUGUAUGAUUUGAAUUAAAUGAACUACUAACUAAUGUAAUAUAACGCAAUACCAUCGCAUGGAGGCCAUGGAGGCGUACCUCAUAGGGCACAGCUGCUGACUGCUUCUACAGGGUAUACCCAGCGCGAUCCUUAUUGUUCAGGCGUCUCAAGUCGACUCACUUCCUCCCCGUGGGGGCCUCCGGUAACGUUUUGACGAGCAUUCCCAAUGCCUCCAAAGCGGCCAAAGUGAGCGGCGAUCAGAUCUGCACAGAUGUUGAUGUCGGUGUCCUGGAUGAAGAGGCAUUCAUCUAAUUUUAUUUGAUUUGACUACAGCUCAAUGUGAAUAAAGUGUAAAAACCAAUAACAAUUUGUAUAAAUAUAUAUGU